AUGGCGAACGAUGAGAAGCCUCUGAUCUCCAAGAACGUUCUUUACGCAGGAGAAGGUGAAAUACCAUCGUUUGAAAAUGGAUCAAAGGUAAUUUUUAGCGAAAAAUCAAGUUGUCUUUCUUAUGUGUAAAUUUUAAGCGGGUAAAAUAGCUAAGGAAUUUCUACAAGGACAUUUACUUACCAAGAUUUUCUCCAUCUAUUCAAAUCAGGCGACUUUUCAUUUUAAAACGUUCAAAAACGAUGAAGAUAAGACACAAAUAGACUGCAGUCGAGAUCUUGGGCAGCCUUUUGAGCUCCUCAUUGGGAAGAAGUUCAAGCUGGAAGUUUGGGAGGAGCUCAUAAAAACCAUGAGGGAAAAAGAAGUCGCUCGUUUUAUUUGUGAGAAAUCGGUAAGAUAUUUUAAGCUUGAUUUAAGUUUACUUAAGGUCGCUCACACCUGUACACAACUUUUCUACUUUGGUGAAAAAGUUCUUUCAAUUAGGUGAUGAUAUGAUUUCUAUAUAAAAAAAAGUCCAAUCAAUGUUGAGCCUAUCCUUUAGCUAACUUGGUACAGUCGAUCACAUUAACUAGUCAAAACACCUUAAUUUUGGAUCUUAUACAACAGCCGCAACGCAUUUUACUCGGGAUUUAAUCUUUGUUAGGACCCUAGACAGAGCUUUGAUUUUUACUAAUUUUCUGCUUAUGUUGCCGUUCAAUUUUAUGCUUGGUUCUGUUUUUUUAAUGGCUACUAUAAUGUGGCAAUUGAUGUACAUGAAUUAAACUUAAUUAAAAUUUAGCUUAGGAGAGUAGGCUAUGUGACUCGUUGUUAAAACAAGGCCAAUGUGAAGAGGUAACACUCUAAAUAUAUUUCUUGAUUAAAUUACUUUUUGAGAAUGAACAGCAGUAAAAAGCCUGCAUAUAAGACUGACAUAUUAUGGCUGGAGCUUAAUUGUCCAGCUAUUAUCUCUAUGUUGGGACUAGGAUUUUCAAAACUCUUAUUGGAUGGAAUGCUAUUGUGUUGCAUCCAUGUGAGCAGUGAUAAGCAAAUUAAAGUUAACCUGCUGACUGAUAAGAGUGAUUAGAAUCUAAUUUCUUCUUAUGUUAUGUUAUCACCCCCAUUAUCAUGCAUUAACCCUUUACACACUAACAUCAGUAUGCAUAUUCUCCAUACUGUUCUCCAUAUGUUUUCCAAGGUGCUGAUAACGAGAAUUUGUUUAAAAAUAAAGAGCCUCCUUAGUUGGUGAUUAUUUCUUUUAUUCCUGUGACCCUAAUGUGUAAUUCAGGGGUGAUAUUGUAAGGAGAAAUUAUAUGCUGGUCACUCUCAGGGGUCAAAGGGUUAAGGUCGCAGAAAUAAAGGAAUUCAUCAUCAAUGAGAGAAGCUCUUGAUUUUUGAACAAAGUUCUCCUUGUUAGCACUUUGGAAAUGUACAGCAAACAUUAUGGCAAAUAUGCUUACUGAUGUUAGAGUGGGAAGUGUUAAUUGACUUUUCUGUUGCUAGCUUGUAGGGGGCUAUCCUAUAGUUGCCAAGAGUCUGCGCACACUUGCAAAGAAGGCAAAAGGAGAGAUAACGGAGAAACAUGAUCAUCAUGAACAUUCUUGUAGUUUAUCUGCCAUGAAAUCAACUGGAUAUUCUGACUUGGACGACUUGAUGGUCAAUGAACAAGAUCUUAUCUUUGAAAUUGAACUUUUGAAAUAUGAGAAACCCGGUGAAUACCGAAAAGAAACUUGGCAGAUGGAUGCUGAAGAAAAAUUGUCCAACGUACCAGGGUUAAAGGAAAUUGGAAACAAAUUAUAUCAACAGAAAAAGUACAAAGAAGCAGCAGAAAAGUAUGCAGAGGCUCUGGGAUGUCUAGAGCAGCUCUGCCUGCGUGAAAAACCAGGUGAUGAACCUUGGCUUGAGCUUGACAGAAUGAAGGUCCCUUUCUUGUUAAAUUAUGCACAGUGCAAGCUCUUUCUUGGGGAUUACUAUGAAGUUAUUGAGCACACAUCCACAGUACUUGAUAAGGAUAAGGACAAUGUUAAGGCUUUAUAUCGACGCGCUAAAGCUCAUGUAAAAUGCUGGAAUCCUCAGGAAGCCAGGGAAGAUUUCAACAGGGCAGCUGCUCUUGACCCAUCUCUGACAAAAACAGUGAAGAAAGAACUUGAUGAACUUGAAAAACUUAUUAAAGAACAUAAUGCAGAUGAUAAAGAGAAACUGAAGGCACUUUUUAAGUAACUCUUUGAAAAUCUGUGUUAUGUCAGGUGUUUUGUCAAAGAAGAAAGCUUUUUCAAGCAAAUUGAAUGUCAGCAAAUAAUAAUUGUGUACCUUUGAAUUUCAGGCUGAUUUGACAUUGACAUUGGAACAUUUUUAAAUGUUAAAAAAAUUGAUUUGUGUAAAUGUUUCUUUAUUUAUUAACUAUCCAUAACAACUCAAAAAUGUGUCUCAAUUCAGAAAUGUCAGAGAUACUAAACAUAUGCAGUUAAGAUAAACUGAUACAAUGAUGUAACUCAUUUGUAAUCUGAAUUCAUCUAUUUUGCUAUCAUAACAAUAAUUAAGCUCAGAUUUUACUGCAAGAAAACGAAAGGAAAGAAUAAAAAAUAUUUAUUGCCACUGUCUUGUAUGAAAUUUUGAACUUUGAGUGUAAGUC